UUUUUUUUUUUUUUUAAAUCUCUCAGAAAGAAUUAUGAAUAGAAUUGGAAAAUAUAUGGAUAAUGAUCUAAAUGGACCUGUGACUUUACGGUCUCUUCUUGACUCCAGAUUUGCUUUCAAACUCAUUGGCAAAAAAGGAACAACUCACCAAUAUUUGGAAAGAACUUGCAAAGUCAAGUUAAUUCUUCAUGACACUCACGAUUACCUUGGACGUCUUUGCAGUAUCACCGGUUCUGUCAUCAAUCUUGCUAAAGCAUGGAAGGAAGUUUUAAUUAUAAUGUGGACGAAUAAUCACCAGAAAGUAUGGCUCAAGUUUUUGAUUCCAAGUGAAUUAGCUUUAAAACUUCAAAGUGUGCCUGCAAAACUGACAGAAGGUUGUGUUUUGAAUGAUAUCGCCCAUACCAGCAAAACUAGAAUCACCAUUGAACCUGACGCUUUACGACAUACUACUGAACACAUUAUGACGAUCUCCAUUCCAACCAUACCUCAUCAUGCUGAAUAUUUUGAACGUGCUGUUCUUUUGAUUGCAAAACAAUUCCAAUUAUAUCGUCAUGAAGCCUUAUCACCAAAAAACAUUUAUUACUCUCCUUUUUGCCACUUGCGACCUCCUAUUUUAGACGACGAUGAUGAUGAUGAUGAGGAUGACGAUGAUGAUGAAAAUACUGGCUCUGAAGUGGAUGAACAACUCAACAAUAGCAAUACCAAUAAUAAUAUCGCCAGUAGUAGCAGUAGCAGCAGUAGUCGUAGUAUUUCCACAACCAAAGGUGAUGACAACAACAAAUCGGAAAAUGAUGAUUGGUUUUUUGGAACGAAAAAUGAUGACUACCAUUCAAUGUCAUGAUCAACUACUUGCCUCUAUCAUCACCAUGUAUUUGCAAAAAAAAAAAAAAAAAAAAAAA